AUGAGUGUUCUUUCAAUUCUUGCGAUUCUUGUAGCUGCCACCGCAGCCACAAAUAUUUCUGGAUACGGUCCCCCAGUCAUCGGAGCAGCUGCAGGAACUGGAGCAACGGCUGUCCCCUAUACGGCUGCUGUCGCGAACUACAUUCUUGCGCAAGUCAAUCAACUCCGUUCGAAUGUCGCUUGGGGUCGUCAGUCUUGGCACAACUCGUCGAAUCCGUCAAAUUCUUUCUGGCCACCGGCAAAGAAACUCUAUUCAUUGAAAUGGAAUGCCACACUUGCAACAACAGCUGCACAAUGGAUGGAUGCUCGUGGAGAUACAUUUGGAGCUGGAGAAAUCAACGUUGGAUUCUGGGCGGGUACAGCUGGAGUCAACACAAUUACUGGACAACAAAUGUUUGAGGAGGGAUGGAACAAUUGGUGGUAUGGAUAUUUGACCUCAACUGGAGUUCCAACCUUCAAUUAUCAAUACAAAUUGUCGACAACGAUCACCAGAGAUCAGCAUUAUCAAAAUCAAGUUUGGAUGUUUGUUGGUGAGAAUGCUUUGUCAAUCGGUUGUGCUUACAAGAAUUACACAAGCACUUAUCGUAUCACUUGUCUUCUUCAAACAAACGGUGGAAUGACCAACAAUUCCCCUCCAUACAAUUCUGCGGCCACUCCAUGUGAGAUUUGCUCUCUUUGUCCACCAACAACUGCUCCAUGCGGCCCAGCAAGGGGACUCUGUAUUGCAAAGGCUGCCGGA